GAGGAUAUAAUCGGUAUGGAAUCAAGUUUUAAAGAGGAAGGAGCAGACUCUCCUCUGCUAAUGCAAAGAACAACAUCCAUUCCUUCACAAGAAAGAGGAAGUUUCUGAUUAAUUUAAACCAAUUCUGGUGGCCCCAUUUCCCUUGCCAGACUUUGUUUUAAGAAUGGGCCUGUGCUGCAAUUCUGGCAAGUUGAGCAGGAUACUGAGAUCUGCUUGGAAGUUUUCUUUAGUCUAUAAUUUCAAGAAAGAGAAGGGUUUUUGCUUCUCCAUGAUGUAUGGGGCUUCUGUAGCCUUUUUUUUUCCCCGAAAGAUAGAUAAAGUGGGAAAAACGAAAGAAACAAAGGGAAAGAGAAAAUGGACAGAUAUGGAAAGAAAUGCUGCUAUGUGCCCCUGGAGAAUUAUUUUGCCUAUGGAUAUGUAAGGUUUUCUUUUCUUUAUUUUAUAAGCCAAUUAUGUCAGGAUUUUCUGGUUCUCAAAAACAGAUGCAUCCUAAUGGAAACAUUCAGUAAGGAUGGGAUACCUAAGAUGAAAUGUUUUUUUUCUUAGUUCCAGUUAAAACCCUGGGAUAACAGAGCAGCUUCUGUCACGUAUCUAUUUCUAAGCCAAUGUCUCUGGGUCUUGGGCCUACCCUAGAGUUGUGGCUUGAGCAGCCCUCCACAACUAAUUGCCCAGACUGAGAAUGAGAACCAAGAAAGCAGCAGUUGUUACCCAAGCAAAUGUGAAUGGAUUCUAGUCAGGCUAAAUCAACAGAUGUUUAUUAUAAUAAGCUUCAAAAAUGAAAAUAUUUAUAAAUUAUUAUUAUUAUGUUCACCUACUAUAUGACAUGGGUUAUCUGUGUUAGUCCCUUUUCCAUUUCUAUAAAGGAAUACCUGAGGCUGGAUACUUUAUGAAGAAAAGGGGAUUAUUUGGCUCAUGGCUCUGCAGACCGUAUACACGAAGCAUUAUCCUGGUAUCUGCUUCUGGUGAGGGCCUCAGGAAGCUUUUAGUCAUGGCAGAAAGGAAGGGGAUCCAGAGCAUCAUAUGGUGAGACAGGGAGCAAGAGAGAGGGGAGAAGUUUCCAUGCUCUUUUAAAUAACGAGCUCCGAUGUGAAUAAGUGUCCUAGUUCGUUAUCUAAAGCCGUAUCUAUCAUUUAUGUCUGGAUUCCCUUCCAAAGGACUUUUCUUCUUUAAAUAGUGCCUUCCAGACCAUAAAUAUAUGCUGAUCUACUGGAUUAUAAACAUCAGCACUUACCAGUCUUUAAUAACACUCACUAAAAGCAAACCAAACCAAACAGCACCCUUUAAACACACUUCCUCUCUGGCUACCAGGCUAUUUCAUGACUCCUUUACACACACAAAAAAACCUCACUACCCCCAUUUUCUCCCUGCUUUGACUUCCUUCCCUCUCAUUCUCUCCUCUCCAAUAGGGCUUUUGUCCUCACAAUUCUAAAAGGGCUCUGAAAACCAAUCAAUAGCAAUCCAAUAGCAAGCCAAUCAAUAGCAAUCAAUAGCAAACUAAUCCAGUAGCAAAUUCUCCAUUGUCAUCUGACUUGGCUUCUCAGCGGCAUUUGACAUGGUUGACCACUUCUUUCUUCUUGAAGAGCUAUCUAGGAUUCUGUGAAUUCUCUGAUUUGUUCACUCAUUUUAUUGGUUCUUUUUUCUCUAAUAGAUGUAGAUGUCUAAAUUCUGGAGUGUCCCAGGGCUCAGUCUUUGGUCCUCUUUUCUCGUAUAUCAAUACAUGUCCUAUAGGUAAUAUCAACACAUCUCUAGCCUAGAUCACUCCCCUAUAUGCCAAACUUAUAUAUUCUACUGCUUACUUGGUAUCUUUUGUGGUUCUAACAGAUAUCUUCAACAUAACAUGGCCGAAAAGAAGUCCUCCCUCCAAAAUCUGCUUUUAGUUGGUGUGAAACAACAAACAAAAAUGGUCAUUCUUUGCUUUUCUGUCUCUUACUCCCAUACCCACAUCUAUCAGUAUGUCUUUGUAAUCCACAUCCAAGAUUUCCAGAAUCUCACUGCUUCCUAUCAUGUCCUCCUGUAAAACAUGUUCCAUCAUCUCUCACUAUAGUCACAAGCUCUGACCUAGCUUCCCUGCUACUUUUGUUGCCUUACAGCUGUUCUUCACAAAGCAGCCAGAAUAAUCUUCCUAAAGAAAUAACCAGAUCCUGUUUCUCCUUGCUUAAUAUUUUAUUAAUUUUCUGAAAUACUCAGAAUAUAAUCCAGACACUUUAUUAUAGUCAGCACUUCCCUUUGACUUCAGGGUCUGGAUUCAAUGGCAUCCUUUCUCCUCCUUAAACAUUACAGGAAUAUUAUCAUCUUACAACCAUUGUACUUCCUUUUCUUAGUUUGGAAUGCUUUCAUCUCAAAUCUUUGCAUGGUUACCUCUUUAUGAUUCAGAUAUUUAGUCAAUGUCAGCUUGUCAAAGGGGCCUUUCACAAUUACCCUAACUAGAAGACCCUGCCCCAUGACUCCUCAAGUCAAUGUCUUAUCUUAUUUACCCUCAGACUUAUGAGCAGUGUAACACAAAUGAUCUUAUUUAUUAUUGCAUGUUACCAUAUUUAUUCUGUGCUUCCCCCUGUAGAAUGCAAACCCCUUGAAGACAGGGAUUUUGUCUGUCUCAUUUACUGCUGUGGCUCUGGAGCCUAAAACUGUAGCCUGUUUUGUUGUUGUUAGUACCCAGCAUAGUGACUAACACAUCACAGGUGCUCACCAAAUGUAUGUUAAAUAAAUGACUAAAAUUCACGCAUAGUAUUGAAAUAAUUGUUUUCAUUAUACAUCCUAUUCAGGAAUACUUUUAAUGGACUAAAAGCAGUAGCAACAAGAAUAAAGACAACAAUAAUAAUAACUGCCAUGCAUUGGUUACUUACUAGGUGACAAGAAUUAUGCAAAAUGCUUUUAGUGAAAAACUACAUUUAAUUUCACAACAAACCUAUGAGACAGAGACUAUUAUUGCCUAUUAAAAUUUUACAAAUGAGGAAAGAAGCUUAGAGAAGUAAGUAACUUACCCAAGUUCACAUAAUUAAUGAAUGGCAAAGUAGGGCCUUGAAUCCAGCCCUGCAUGAAACCAAUGCAACUAUCCUACCCAUUCUGCUGUGCCAGCAGUCUCAGGGAAGCAGCCAUUUCAUAGAACUUUAGAAUCAUAUGAUUUGAAGGGAUCUGAGACAGAUCUGAUCAUCUGGCACACUCCAGCUGAAUGAUUGCUUAGCCUCUGAGUUUAGAUCUGUGUAUUAUUUACAUCCAUUGGUCUUAGUUUCAGCCCUUUCUUUCAGAGACAUGGAUGUGCAUAGUAACUCAUUUCUUUUAACAUAUAUAGGUUUUUUUUCAAUCAAGUGUCUGUAAAUGCUGGUGGCAUUUGGCAAUCUAAGUAAACUGUUAUAGUUCAAGAUCAUUCCAGAGACGAGGAAUGAGUAAAUAUUAACAACCCCCUGUGCUUGGUUGGAACUUGAAAGGACUGUAUAACAUCAGUGAGCAAGCUUUUGUCAAUCACAGUCUAGACCAGGUUAGUCUUAAAGUCCAAAGAAGAACCAAAGUUCACUUUAGUGUAGAAGUUUUUGCAGAGUUCUCUUGGUUAUUGCUUGCAAGUUUAAGGAAAAGAAAAUGAUGAAGGAGACAGAGAAAACCAUUGCUAUUGUGAAGGUUAUAGACACUUCAAAGUUAAAACUGUUAUCUGGAAGUAUUUUGGAUGUGUAUAGUGGUGAACAAGGAAUUUCACCAAUUAACAUGGGGCUUACAAGUGCUUCUUGUCCAAGUAGUCUACCAAUGAAAAGAGAAAUUACAGAAACUGACACUAGAGCUUUAGCAAAAGAGAGACAAAAAAAGGACAACCACAACCUCAUUGAAAGAAGAAGAAGGUAUAAUAUUAAUUACCGAAUCAAGGAGCUUGGCACUCUUAUUCCAAAGUCUAAUGAUCCUGAUAUGCGCUGGAACAAAGGAACCAUUCUAAAAGCAUCAGUGGAGUACAUCAAGUGGCUACAAAAAGAACAACAGAGAGCCCGAGAAUUAGAACACAGACAGAAGAAAUUAGAACAGGCUAACAGGCGACUUCUACUUCGGAUUCAGGAACUAGAAAUUCAGGCUCGUACUCAUGGUCUGCCAACCCUGGCUUCACUUGGCACGGUUGAUUUAGGUGCUCAUGUCACCAAACAGCAGAGCCAUCCUGAGCAGAAUUCAGUAGACUAUUGCCAACAACUGACUGUGUCUCAGGGGCCAACCCCUGAGCUCUGUGAUCAAGCUAUAGCCUUUUCUGAUCCUUUGUCAUACUUCACAGAUUUAUCAUUUAGUGCCGCAUUGAAAGAGGAACAAAGAUUGGAUGGCAUACUAUUGGAUGACACAAUCUCUCCAUUUGGAACAGAUCCUCUGCUAUCUGCCACUUCCCCUGCAGUUUCCAAAGAGAGCAGUAGGAGAAGUAGCUUUAGCUCAGACGAUGGUGAUGAAUUAUAAGAAAUAAACAGACCCAAUUCAUCAACUGGAAAGCAGUUCUAUGCUGGUGCUAUGCAAUUAUGCUCUGUGUUUCAUAUGUUGCUUUGGCUUAUUUUUUUCCUAAAGGAAUGUGGUGUUCAUGAAAAACUGAUAGAAGCAACAGAAGAGUUCGCAGGAAGAAAAAUCAUGGUGUUAAUGAAUUAUUGAGGGUGGAAAAAAGGUGUUUUCUUCUUUGACUACAGAGUCCAAAUCCACUUAAAUUCUGUUUUACUGGAAAGAAGGACAGCAUAAGAAAUAGCUCUUUAGUGAUGCUUUAAAAGCAGCAACUUCGUGGUGUACUACUGGAACUAAUGACUGCAAAGUAUAAAAUGACUGAAACAUACAAACCGUCUCUUAGUUAUUCAUUUCCAUCUUCUCUUCAACUUUUACAUCAGUCUUCAAGAAUCAAGAUCAGCAUAUCAGGUGGUCAUUGCCUUUCUCCAUUGUCUAGUAGAUACGUCUAAAGUUCAAACUUUAUAGGAGAAAUAAUGAUAUAAUAGAUUAUCUGUCACUUGCGGUUGAAAAGCAAAUCUACAAUAAAUGUGAGAAUUUUCCACAAUAAAAUAUGGAUGACUUAUAAAAACA